AUGGAUCUAAAAAGCGUUGUUUGGGACAGUUUGUUCUCUGCCAAGGAUGUGAUUGCUGACGUGUCCAAUCCUGUCGAGAGAUCUCAGAGCAAACUUACAGUUGACUCCAACGAUUCCCUGUUUGAAAAUAACACGGAGGGAACGCGUGAGAGAUGCGAUGACGGGGAAAUUCCCUUUGCUUUUCCGUGCGGAGCUUUGCAUGUCGGUGGGAGAGACGACGGUCUGAACUCCACUGACUCUGCGCUGAACGUUCGGAAAGAGGAACCGCUCAUCGAUGUGGAUGAAGAACCUCCCAUUUCCCCGGGACCCGACGGGCUGUCAACCACAGCACAAACAGCUGAACCUGAUGUGCUGUACGCGGAUGUUAAUUUCAAGACCCUCUCGGCAACCCGGGUCCGGACUGAUCGAGACGGUCUGAACUCUACCUACUCAAUGCUGAACUUUCGGAAAAAGAAACCCCGUAUCGAUGAGGACGAAGAUCCGCCCAUUUCCUCGGGACCCAGCGGGCUGUCAACCAGCGCACCAACAGCUGCGGUAGAACUGGAGUCGAAAGUGAAGAUCGGAAAUAGACCGUACCGUCUGAUCUGCCUCCUCUGCCUAGUUACAUCCGCCCUCAUCGUGACUGUGGCCAGUCUCUCGAUCUAUGAGCAAGAGUGUCUCCAGUACUGGAUCGGAAAUGAAGGCGGCUGUUAUUUUAUAACUACGUUGAAACGUUCCUACGAUAAAGCAAUGCAGUAUUGCUGGGACUCUGAUUCUAAACUUCUUGAAAUAAAUUCAGCCGAAGAAGCGAACUUUGUUAACAAAGCUAUCAGCGAACAAGACAGUUCAUACUGGAUUGGAAAAUGCAAAGACGGGAAAUUCGCUUCGAAUGUCCUGUACCGGAUGACGGGAUCAGACCCCGAGUGCGGUGUAUGUACACAUGACUCUGAGCGUAAACCUUGCGAUCAGGUUCAUACAGGCUUCAUCUGUGAGAAGUCCGGAUAUUUGUUUCCGGAUAUUUAUGAAAUGAUAAAGGAUCUCUGUCGGCAACCAGUGGGACCGACUUGA